ACUGAGCAGCUUCACUUUCACUAUUCUGAUGGGAAACGUGGACGGGACGAGGGAGCUGAGAGCUGGUCACUUAGAAAUGGCAGAGCACUGAUGAGCUCCUCUGGAUCUGUUUCUUCUAUCUCAGCAGGUGGUCAUGUCUGAUUCCCAAGUCCUUCUUUAGGGCGUUUGCGUGCAGCCUGAUGGUCCCAGAAUAGCUAUGCUUUAGCCAGAUUACUCAAGUUGGCCUACAUUGCAGAUUAGGAGAGCAGUGCCCACCGGGGGCCCUGCUGGAGAGCUGCCCACGCAGUCUGUUCCUCCCGGCCACCGCUGCUUCUUGCGGACCUCCACACAGAGAGCACUGCAGGGGCAGGUCAGCCCAUCACACGCCCUUCUGGGCUCUGCCUGCCUCUGGGGCAGUGCGUAGCCUCCCAGCCCCUUAGUCUAGUGCCUGCCUUGAUUCCUGUCCUCUGAUCUCCCAGUGUACCUAGGCUUCCUCGGCCCGUCUCGUCACGUGGCUGGGGAGGCAGGUGCGCUUCUCAAGUGAGGAGCAGCGUUCCCCUCUGCUGAGCAGGUGGUGCUGGCUUCUCUGGGAGGGAUUUAGUGCUCAGACAGUGGGGGGCAGGCAAGGAUUACCACUCUCUCAGCUCAUCCAGUGCAGCCCGAAGCUGAGCACAGAGGCUGCUCAGAAGGGAUGUCAGGACCAAGGCCCGUUGUCCUGAGCGGGCCCUCGGGGGCUGGGAAGAGCACCCUGCUGAAGAGACUCCUGCAGGAGCAUGGCAGCAUCUUUGGCUUCAGCGUGUCCCACACGACAAGGGACCCGAGGCCAGGAGAGGAGAACGGCAAAGAUUACUACUUUGUGACCAGGGAGGUGAUGCAGCGCGACAUUGCUGCCGGAGACUUCAUCGAGCAUGCCGAGUUCUCAGGGAACUUGUAUGGGACCAGCAAGGCCGCUGUGCGGGCCGUGCAGGCCAUGAACCGCAUCUGCGUGCUGGACGUGGACCUGCAGGGCGUCCGCAACAUCAAGAAGACCGACCUGCGGCCCAUCUACAUCUUCGUGCAGCCGCCCUCACUGGAUGUCCUGGAGCAGCGGCUGAGGCAGCGGAACACGGAGACAGAGGAGAGCCUGGCCAAGCGUCUGGCGGCGGCCCGGGCCGACAUGGAGAGCAGCAAGGAGCCCGGCCUGUUUGACCUGAUCAUCGUCAACGACAGUCUGGACAAGGCCUACUGGGCCCUGAAGGAGGCGCUCUCCGAGGAAAUAAAGAAGGCACAAGCAACUGGUCAGUCCUGAUGCCAGCUGUGUUCUCUCAGGUGGGGCCUAGGGCCUGGCGCCCACACCAAUGGGCCAGAGUUUCCUGGCAGUGGCUCUGCUCACCUCAUCUGACACCCAGAGAUUGGGGUGCUGCCCAUCUUCCCUCACCCCCCACCGUGGUUGGAGGACCUUGUCUCUUACCCCCACUCCCCACAUGCAUUUCUAGGAUUCCUCCCACCAUGCCCUGUCAACCCCUUACCCAUGGAAGCCAGGCCGACAUCCAAAUAAAGAACUGCUGGGUUAGUGU